AUGUUGGUGAUCCCAAAAGUCUCCUCUGUUGGUGAGGAGCUCCACCAUCUCGAAAAGGACCGAUCAAUCUCAACUGAUCCAACAGAAAGUCGAAAAAGGCGGACAAUCCGGCUGAUUCGCUCCAACUCCUCAUGGGGAUUUACCUUACAGACUUACGGCAUUCGGCAUAAAAAAACAAAUGAAAUUGAAAUCACAACUUAUGUUGAUUAUGUUGAGAUUGACAGUCCUGCUUGGGUUUCUGGAAUGCGAAGAGGAGAUGUUAUCCUGUCUGUAAAUGGAGAAAGUGUUGAGCAGUCAACACAUCAACAGCUCGUUGAGAAAAUCAAGGCCUGUACGCAGAACAUGAGAUUAGUGGUUUUAUUUGAAGACUGCUGCCGAAAAGUCGAGCUACAUGAUCGUUACAUAAAAUUAAAAAAGGUCCUCAAGGAAAAAAGAAGGGAACUGCGGCUUUUAGAAGAACAGGAACAUUGUAUUCUUCAAGGUGUAACUCGAAUGGACUGUGCCCGGCUAAGUUGUCGCAGUUCAGCCAGCUCUCUGGACAGCACUCUUGACCGUUACAGCUUGAUCCGUCCGAGUUCCAUGGGGAACAUGCCCACAACCAGUCACUUUCCCUUCUUUCGGACCACGGACAGUGACACAACCAACAGCUUCUACAGUGAGGCGUCUGAAAAUGGCAGCAUAUUUGGCAUUGUUGGGGUUGAUCUGGACUCUGAUACCCACAGUUGUGCUUCGUCUGUGAUUAGCUCGGGAGCUCCGGACUGUGUUAUGCCUGAAACACCUUUGGGAGGCUCUUGUAGUGGUAGUAGCAAUAGUGUUAUGGAGAACGAGCCACAUUUACAAGUUGGAACUCAAGAAAGACGGUUAAAUGAAUUUGAGCAAGAGUUGUACACAAUGGCAAAGGACUCUGUGGGUGAGGGACUUGCUGAGGAGCAACUAUGGCAGCCAGAACUGAUGAUGGAAGGGUUGGUGCCCCCUCCAUUAUUGCUCCCCAAUGAACAUAUAAAUGAAAGAGAUGAAAUAACAAGAUUGUAG